UCUUUCAGUUUGCGCCCAAUCUUUCCAAGUUCAUCACUCUCUUCAUAACUACAUAUAUAUAUAUAUAAUAUUGGUGAAGAGUAAUGUGGAGGUUGAAGAUUGCAGAGGGUGAAAAUGAGCCCUACUUGUACAGCACCAACAACUUCGUGGGAAGGCAGACAUGGGAGUUUGAUCCUAAUGCAGGCACCCCUGAAGAGCGACAAGAGGUCGACCAGGCUCGUCAAAAUUUUUACAACAAUCGAUUUUACCGCAAGACCAGUGCUGAUCUCCUUUGGUGCACGCAGGCUUUGAGAGAGAAAAAUUUCAAACAAAGAAUUCCUCAGGUGAAAGUUGAGAAUGGAGAAGAAAUCACAGAGGAAACAGUGACAACAACUUUGAGGAGGGCGGUUCAUUUUUUCUCAGCCUUGCAAGCAAGCGAUGGUCAUUGGCCCGCCGAGUGUGCUGGCGGAUUGUUUUUUCUCCCACCUUUGGUAAUAUGUUUAUACAUUACUGGGCAUCUUGAUGUUGUAUUUUCUUUUGAACAUCGUAAAGAGAUUCUUCGUUAUAUAUACAAUCAUCAGAACGAUGAUGGUGGAUGGGGAUUACACAUAGAAGGGCAUAGCAUCAUGUUCAGCACAGUUCUCAACUACGUAUGCAUGCGUAUUCUUGGAGAAGGAAGAAAUGGUGGAGAAGACAAUGCAUGUAGCAAAGCUCGUACUUGGAUUCUUGAUCAUGGCACUGCAACUCAUAUACCAUCUUGGGGAAAGAUUUGGCUUUCGAUACUUGGUGUAUUUGAUUGGAGUGGGUGCAACCCAAUGCCACCAGAGUUUUGGCUCUUUCCAUCUUUUCUUCCUUUUCAUCCAGCCAAGAUGUGGUGUUGUUGUCGUUUAGUAUAUAUGCCCAUGUCGUAUCUAUACGGAAGAAGAUUCGUUGGUCUCAUAACACCUCUCACUCUAGAGUUGAGACAGGAGCUCUACUUACAGCCUUACCAUCAAAUUAAUUGGAAGAAAGUACGUCAUUCAUGUGCCAAGGAAGAUGUAUAUUAUUCUCGUCCUUUAUUACAAAACUUGAUUUGGGACACACUAUACCUUUUUGGCGAGCCUUUUCUUACUAGUUGGCCUCUAAACAAGCUAGUGAGAGAGAAAGCUCUUCAAGUCACCAUGAAACAUAUUCACUAUGAAGACGAAAAUAGUCGAUACAUCACUAUCGCCUGCGUUGAAAAGGUUUUAUGCAUGCUUGCUUGUUGGAUUGAAGAUCCACUUGGAGAUUAUUUUAAGAAGCAUCUUGCAAGAAUCCCUGAUUAUUUAUGGGUAGCUGAGGAUGGAAUGAAGUUGCAGGGCAGUGGGAGCCAAACAUGGGAUGCUGCUUUCGCUAUUCAAGCCUUGCUUGCAAGUAAUUUGGCACAUGAAAUUCCGGAUGUAAUCAAGAGAGGAUAUGAUUUUAUAAAAUACUCUCAGGUGAAAGAAAAUCCUUCGAGCGAUUUUAAAAGUAUGCAUCGUCAUAUUUCUAAAGGAUCCUGGACAUUUUCUGAUCAAGAUCAUGGUUGGCAAGUUUCUGAUUGCACUUCAGAGGCUUUAACG